AUGAAGAGUAGAAGAAAAAGGAGAAGAAGAAAAAUGAGAAGUAGAAGAAAAAGGAGAAGAGGAAGAAUGAGUAGAAGAAAAAGGAGUAGAAGAAUGAGAAGUAAAAGAAAAAGGAGAAGAAGGAAAAUGAGAAGUAGAAGAAAAACGAGAAGAAGAAGAAGAAGAAGAAGAAGAAUGAGAAGAAGGAGAAAAUGGAGAAAAGGAAGAAUCAGAAGAAGAAGAAAAAGGAGAAGAAGUAGAAUGAUAAGAAGAAUCAAAAAGGAGAAGAAGAAUGAGAAUGAGAAGAAAAUGGAGAAGCGGAAGAAUGAGAAGAAGAAAAAAAAGGAGAAAGGGAAAAAUGAGUAG